AGUGCCAGGUGGUGUAGUUUCUGAAUUUUUUUUUGGAUCUGGGGAAACAUCUAUGGAAGUCCCGAGCAAGCCAAUUUAUAUUGACUGCUGCUGUGGCAAUGUCUCUCAUGACAGCGAUGUCUCUCCUGACAGGAAUGUCUCUCCUGACAGCAAUGUCUCUCCUGACAACGUAUACAUUCCUCACCUUCGACAUUGUCAUGAAGUUAUGUUCUGAAGGAGCAUGGCGCCUAAUGAACCACAACAGGCCCGUACUGGAGGAGUCAUUCGACAAUUGUUGGCGAUAUGUGUUUGAGUGUGAAAUCAUCUGUGAAAGCUCUUCUCAUACGGUCAAGUCCAUUAAGUCAUUUCAUAUCAGGUAUGAUUCCUAGUCAUGUCGAAGCUACAAUGUCGAACUGCCGUGACAAUCAAACCCGGACAAUUUCAAGUCUUCAACGUAUGUGCUAGACCAAGACUCUGUAGACUAGGGCAUAGUGUCGUGAGCUAAUGACACUUCGCUGUGAGCAGGACCUAACCCUAUCGCCAU